AGCGGCUCUGAGGGAUCACCAUCUUCAACGAAGCUUCCCGUCCCUCCCUCUCCCACAUUUCUGAAUGACAUCACAUCGCUAAGUAUUCCCGUUGCUUCUUUCCAGAGCCAUCAUUAGUCUCCAUAUAAGACAACCAGGAGCAGCUUCGCCCUUUAACGAUGGUUUUGUAGUUCCGUUAGCUUUUUAGUGGACGUUGAAACAGUUGUAACUUGGCAGACCCCGCUGCCCUUUUUCUCCUUGUUCGCUUUUGUCUGCUUCUAACUGCCGCCCCCGCCGCUCCUCCUUAGAGGGGAAGAAAAUAUCCACGAGGUUUCGGUGCUGAAAUUACCGAAAGAAAGGGGCGAACGGGAGCGGUGAGGGUGGGAAAGAACCGAACUGAUUCGGGCGUGGUUGCAACGGGGGAAAAAAAAAAAAAGUCAUUUUUGUCACAAAACUUCAGAGAAGCAGCCACAAUGUCGCUGUCGGUGCCACAGAACGGAGUAAAGAUGGACAACGAACCCAUUAUCGAGCUAUUUGUUAAGGCGGGAAGCGAUGGCGAGAGCAUUGGAAACUGUCCCUUCUCUCAGAGGCUCUUCAUGAUACUCUGGCUUAAAGGCGUUGUCUUUAAUGUCACCACAGUGGACCUGAAAAGAAAGCCCACGGACCUCCAGAACCUGGCUCCCGGCACGCACCCACCCUUCGUCACGUUUAAUGGCGAGGUCAAAACUGAUGUGAACAAGAUCGAGGAGUUUCUUGAGGAUGUUCUUUGCCCACCCAAAUAUAUCAAGCUUGGUGCCAAACACCCAGAGUCAAACACAGCCGGUAUGGACAUCUUCGCCAAGUUUUCUGCAUACAUCAAGAACUCCAAGCCAGACGCAAAUGAGGCUCUGGAGCGUGGACUGCUGAAGACCUUGCAGAAGCUGGACGACUACCUUUACUCCCCGCUGCCUGACGAGAUCGACCACAACAGCAUCGAGGACAUCAAGAUCUCCACCCGCAAGUUCUUGGACGGGGAUGAAAUGACCCUGGCUGACUGCAACCUGCUGCCCAAACUGCACAUAGUUAAGGUCGUGGCUAAGAAGUACAGAGGCUUUGACAUUCCCAAAGAGAUGACGUCCAUCUGGAAGUACCUGAAUAAUGCCUACACGCGUGAAGAGUUCACCAACACCUGCCCCAGUGACAAGGAGAUAGAGAUCGCCUAUGCAGAUGUGGCCAAGAGGCUGGUCAAAUAAACUCCUCUGCAGGGCCCAGCCCCAUCACCCCCCCCCCCCCCCCCCCCACCCCCACCCCCACGCUCUCUCACUUCCCUGCAUCUUCCACUCCUCGGCAUCGGGACUGAUGUGGCUCAUUCAUGAGAAAGAAGAAACAAAAAAAACUCUGGACUCUUUUUCGUUCUCUCCUCAUCCCAUCAUUGUUUCCCCGCUCCGGUUUUAUGAAGAUCUCUUGUAGUUGAAUCAGCAGAGGUCACCCUUGAUCCACGUUUAUCAUUUAAUUGCUUCUGUUCUUUACUCGCUGUUGUAUGUGUGACACAUUAUAGCAGAGCUUAUCAAUGUUCAGAGUCAGACGUCCUCCCUAAUAAAAGUGACCUUCCUUUUGACUUUGUCUCUGCCAGCAGAGGAAACGUCACAAGCCAUUAUUUGUCCAUUGAAAGACUAAAUUUGGAUUUUUCUUUUUUUUCUUGGUUGAUUUAUAAACCAGAAACCUUAUUUUGGCUGAUUCAGAGAUCUUGUGAACAGCGUUGAAGCUUCAGUGUUUCUGCCUCCAGUAUUGAAACAGGGUUAAAUUAGUAGCUGAAAAUAAUCUAAAUCUGAACACAGAGAUGCUUUAUUAUAAAAUACAUUUUUAAAAUUGUAACAGCAGGUUGAACAACCUCGCAAACAUGCUUUUGAUUUUGCCUUGUUGCCUCAAAUGAGGGGAAAGUAGCUCUGUUUGGAAUUGUAGGAAACGUUGUUGAGUUGGUCUCAGGACUAAUAAAACCUGAGAUAUAAAAUAUCCAACAACAUGUAGCUCAUAGUGAAGUCUUUUUAUUGCUUCAUUGCUGCAGUGAUUCAGAAAAGCUCUAGUCAAAAACAAAUGAACGUCUUGAAUUAUUUGUUUUGCUCCUUGUAGGUAUAGAUUAUGCACGUUGAACCAAAAAGAGGCGGAUUAUUCCGGUCUCAUUGUGGAUUGUGGUUGUAUAUGAGUGAACACCACUCGGAAGAUAAAAAGGUGCAGUUACUUUAUAACAAACAUGGUGAAGGACACAACUCUGCAGUCAAACAAAACUGAAGAUACUUAUGAAGUGAAAAAUUAGCUGAGCAGUGUUAGAGUAAUCGGAACCAGGUCACAUUUCACUUUCCCUCCGACAUGAAGGCGGAUCAGAAGUAGCGAAUGUACGUAACGAAAAAGUAGCUCCGGAAAAGUGCUUUAAUGUGGAUGAAACGAAAGGCGUUUCUCCUGUUUGCCACAUUUUAUUUUUCUCAUUCAGACUUUUGUUAUGAUACAAAUCUGAUUUAAAAAGGAAUUGUAAAUAUUGUUUUGUUUUUCCAUUGCUCUGAUUUCAAUAUGUAAAACUUCAUGCAUAUCAUCAGAAUUCUGAGGAAAAACGGACCUUUUUCUCACCUGGUUUGAAUUCUGGAGAAACCGUUUCCAGUUUGCCUUACUUGUUUUUUCUGCAGAUGUUUAGCAGGAAGGAUUUUUCUUUAGAUCAGUUCAUGGCGACUAGCGUUUGUACAAAGAAAUAUCUGAAGGUAUUUCAUGGCUUUUGUUUUUAACAAUAUUGACUGAAUUUAAAAUAAACUUCUUAUUGGCACUUA